UCGGCGUCUUUACGUACCUCGGUGAGAACCCGGCACCUUCAGACUGCUUAAAGAGGAUCACGAUCGCGGUUUCGUAAAUAAGGCUGAAUAAGUCGGAAUAUAAGGUGAAACUUGAAACCGCGUCUGUCGAAGCACUCGUCGCCGCUCGCGUUGGCGCGAGGCGUCGCGAUUAAAUGAGACGGGGCAGUACUUGGACAAGUAUCACGUCUGGUGUGCGAACAUGUCUACGGAGACCGCCCUGAACGACGUGUCGAACGUCGCGUCAAGGCUGCAGGGCCUGCGAGUGGCACACGCCGAGGACGACCCAUCCGAGAAUGCGACGGCUGGCUGUUCAACGCCCGGCAGUUCGACGGUGUCCAGCGGUAGUGCGGCCGACGGCAGCGGGCCGUCGUCAUUGCGGGAGCCGUUGCGGAACAUCACCCUUUCGCGGGCACGACGUGCUCUUAAUUUCGUUGGCGACGAGGACCAACCGCUGAGUUCGUCCAUCGUGCGAAGCGAGGCUUCGUUCUUUAAUGGCGAUAAUCGACCACCUACUAAUGCGGCCAAUAUAUCGUAUUUGGAAGGACGAACACAGAAUAAUGCUACUUUGGAAAAUUCUACUACGCAGAAUCAACCUGUAGUUAUGUACAAUUGGCAAGGUACAAAGGCAACAAUGCGCGAAAGAAUUGUAUUCCUCUUUAACAAUGAAAUACUGUCAGACGUGACUUUUCUGGUUGGAAGAGGAGCGCAGCAACAACGCAUACCAGCUCACAAACUAGUCCUGUCCUGUGGAAGUGCUGUAUUUGAUGCAAUGUUUAAUGGAACGCUUGCAACAGCUUCUUCGGAAAUAGAAGUACCUGAUGUAGAGCCUGCUGCAUUUUUGGCAGUGCUCCUUUUUCUAUACACUGAUGAAAUACAGAUAGAUCCUGAAACUGUGAUGACGACGCUAUAUACUGCUAAGAAAUAUGCGGUGGCUGCUUUAGAAAAGCAUUGCGUUGAUUUUUUAAAAAAUAACUUGACGAGUGAUAACGCUUUCUUGCUGCUGACGCAAGCUCGUCUGUUUGAUGAACCACAAUUAGCCUCGGUAUGUUUGGACACCAUAGACAGAUUCACAACUGAUGCCUUUACUGCAGAUGGUUUCACAGAUAUUGAUAUUGAUACAUUGAUGAUAGUCUUAGAAAGAGAUACUCUUCGUGUUAGGGAAUCCAAAUUGUUUCAAGCUGUUCUAAGGUGGUCAGAAGCUGAAUGUGUACGGCAGCAAUUACCAGUCACUCCAGAAAAUCAACGUCUGGUUUUGGGCGAUGCUUUGUCUUUAGUUCGUUUUCCCCUUAUGUCAAAAGAGGAAUUUACUGCGGGUCCAGCGCAGUCUGGAUAUAGGUCAGGAUUAGUUAUUAUAUAUAUAUAUAUAGUAUUAUAUAUAUUCUUUCGAUACAUAUCUCAUAUUAUGCUAAUUGUCUUAUCUUUAUUCUCAUAUUUCAUAUUAAAUCCUAAACCUUCGGUGGGGUUUCAAACGAUGCCGCGAUGUUGUAUGACAGGCAAGGAACAAACUGUAUGCAGAUUUCAACAUACAAAGAGUAGAUGGGGAUAUUUUGGAACUAGCGAUCGUAUUCGAUUUAGUGUAGAUAGACGUAUCUUUCUGAUUGGGUAUGGAGUUUAUGGCAGCACGCAAGAACCAGCGAUAUAUGAAGUAACAGUCGAAUUAAUUCACACUGCGUCAGGAAAAGUGAUAGCUACAAAUGCAACAAGUUUCAGCUGUGAUGGAUCAAAGUACACAUACCGUCUAAUGUUUAAAGAAUUAGCGGAAAUCUUACCAAAUACAAUUUAUACGGCAUCAGCAACUUUCAAGGGGCCAUAUUCUUAUUAUGGCACAAAAGGUAUGAAAACGGUGAUGGUGGAUUGUGAUUCAGGAAGUGGAAAAGUGAAAUUCAAAUUUAGCAGUGAGUUGGGAGAUAAUAAUGGCACAUCUACUGAUGAAGGUCAAAUACCCGAGCUUAUUUUUUACACGUAAUAUCAUUUGCGUAUGACAUUCCUGAUACUUUCUUGACUGAAUAUCAGAUAAAUUAUAUAAAUUAUGUAAAAAGUAUGCUGGAUUUUGUCAAUUAUAUAUCUUGUGAUUUAAAGCAGUGAUUUGAUUUAAGUGAUCUAUGGGCAUGCCAAAGGAGUU